CGUGUGACAAUUGCCAAAUGUCAGAGUCAAAUUGACUUCACGGUGAGACGGUGAAAUAAUAAUAUCAGUUUCGUGUCAAAAAGUUAAAAAAAUUGCGAAAAUUAUAAAAUCGUGAAAAAAAAUUGUAAAAAUUGAACGGUAAAAUUUUGACUUUAACUACAAGAGGAUGUUCCGAAUUUCGGCGUUCGAAAAAUUGUUGGAAAAAGCUACGAGUAAUUUACAUCUCGAUCCGGAUUGGCCAGCAAUAUUGCAAAUCUGUGACCUCAUCAGGCAGGGUGAUAUCCAGCCAAAAGCUGCACUCGCUGCUAUAAAGAAAAAAAUUAUCAACCCGAAUCCACACGUUGCAUUCUUUGGACUACUGGUUUUAGAAUCAUGCGUCAAGAACUGUGGAAGUCCAAUCCAUGAUGAAAUUGGUACCAAACAGUACAUGGAACAAUUGAAAGAGCUUGUCAAGACAUCUCCUCAUGAUAACGUUAAACUGAAAACUCUUGAACUCAUACAAGCUUGGGCAUUUGCAUUUCGCAACAGUCCUAAGUACAGGGCGGUGCAAGAUACGGUCAAUAUUAUGAAAGCCGAGGGUUACAAUUUUCCAGCUUUAAAAGAAAGCGACGCAAUGUUUAGCGCAGACACAGCACCGGAAUGGGCCCAGGGUGAGGUUUGCCAUCGUUGCCGUGUUGCAUUUGGCGUUAUUCAACGGCGUCAUCAUUGCCGAGCAUGCGGUCAAGUUUUUUGCCAGCAAUGUUCGAGCAAAGUAUCGACUUUACCGAAAUUUGGCAUUGAGAAAGAAGUUCGAGUUUGUGAGGCUUGUUACGAACAAGUAAACAAACCGAGUACAGCAUCGACCAAAGAGACCGAUUUACCUGCUGAAUAUCUUACAAGUUCGUUGGCUCAACAACAGCAGAUGCCACCAAGGAAAACCGCGGAGGAACUUCAAGAAGAGGAGGAAUUGCACCUUGCGAUCGCAUUGAGUCAGAGCGAGGCUGAGCAGAAGGAGAAGGAAAAGAAGCGUGCUACAAGUGCGGUGAAAACGAGCUCGUCUCCAAUAGCUAGAACGACUCAUUCUCCAACGUUGUCUCCGAACGCAAGCCCGUCUCGAGUGCGCGAUGAAGAAUCCGACAAUCCGGAACUGGCAAAGUAUCUCAAUCGCAAGUACUGGGAGCAAAGACAAUCGAUGAUAGAAGAGCACAGCUCGAGACCAGAUGUGACGAGCCCUUCAGCACCGAAUAUCGGCAGUCCGAUGCCCCAGAGGAUAAUGGUGCCAAAACAGCAAAACGGCGAAGUCGAUAAUGAAAUGGAAGAAUUUGUUAGCAAUUUGAGAUCGCAGGUUGAGAUAUUCGUCAAUAGAAUGAAAAGCAAUUCGUCGAGAGGUCGAUCAAUUGCUAACGAUAGCUUCUUUCAAGCUCUCUUCAUGAAUAUCACCGCGAUGCAUUCGAAAUUACUGCGAUACAUUCAAGAACAUGAUGACAAUAGAGUAUGCUACGAGGGUCUACAGGACAAACUCGCGCAAAUGAAGGAUGCAAGAGCAGCUCUGGAUGCUCUUCGAGAGGAACAUCGUGACAAGCUUAGACGCGAGGCUGAAGAGGCUGAGCGUCAACGACAGUUACAAAUGGCACAUAAGCUCGAUAUAAUGCGCAAAAAGAAACAAGAAUAUUUGCAAUAUACGCGACAGCUGGCGCUUCAGAAGAUCCAAGAGCAGGAGAGAGAAUUGCAAAUGCGUCAAGAACACCAAAAACAACAAUAUAUAAUGGGAAGUUAUCAAACGGUUCCCACUUUCAUUGGGCCAGUGACUCACAGUUCGCCUAUUCGCCAUCCUCACUAUCAAGCUCCGGGACCUACUUACAAUCCAAUGUCUCCGACUAAUCAAGGUGUUUACGUUUACGGACCACCCUCCGUUGGACCAUAUCAGAUGCAAAAUUAUGGCAUGUCGCAAAUGAGCGGCGUACCACCACACAUGAUCAAUUCCUUGGCUAAUCCUGAGCAGCAAGGAUCGACUGAACCAACUGCUCAGAACCGCGAUUCCAUGCCGCCAACGGGUCCUGGAAUGGCAAAUCAACUAGGGAGUGGACCAAUGUCGCAAAUGCAACAAGCGAGUGCCCACCAGAUGGGUCAGCAGGUACAGCAACAAGCUCCAGUGCACAUGACAUCAGGACGACCGAUGCCUCAAACAAGUGGACCAACUGUUCCAACAAUGGGUCCACCGCCGACUUCGGUGCCUCAGCACGUUUUGCCAAUGCGACCGACCGGACCAAUGCCAUUAUCACAAGUUCCCCCGAGUGCAGCAUCGCAAAUAGGAGCACAGCAGUCCCAAAAUCCUCUCGUUAUGCAGCAGUCUAUGCCGCCGAUUCAACAGCAUAAUUCUGCACCGAACAUACCACCAAAUGCAAGCUCUUUACCGAUGCCGUCGCCGAACGUGUCCAACGGCGGUGGACCUCCCUCCCAAGCGGUCCAGCAUCACCAGGCUCUUCCAGGACAACAACAAAUACCCAUUCCACAAGUGCAGUCAGUCCAAUAUCAACCGCCAUCGGCAAAUCAACCUCAAGUUGCUUCACAACCACAAACUUCAACGGACAGCAACGAGACGAAAGAUUCAGCAAAACCCGAUACAGCCGAGCUCAUUUCGUUUGAUUAAACAAACGUAUAACGAAAAAAAAAAAAUACGGCGAAAGCGACAAAAUCAUAACUUUGUGAAUAAUCAUUUCACGCUUACAACGACACUUAUUUUCAUUCGUGACUCAUUAUGACAAUUGUCAUGUUAUUCGAAAGUAAAUUGAUGUUCUUAGAUACUUCAAGUUUCUUCAAGAAUCCAUAGUGUGGAAGAAAUCUAAAUGACAAUUACCAUGUUACCAUUCACAAAACCAUGUCAAACACUGAAAAGCUUUACCGUUUAUGAUCGAAAAAGCUGGAAGGCUUUUCAUUCAAUGUUCUUUUUCCGUUCUGCUUUGCGUUAAAAUGAUGCUUAAGAAUUAAAAGUGAUUGUCUCCGUGUAAAGUGUUCGAUGAUGCUGAAGUGUAAAAAAGUAAUUUGAAUAUUCGUAUUUUUUCUGCUUUUUCCAUACAUUUAUGCCCAUACAUCAUACGUUUCCAUAAUUGUCAAUCUAGCUAUUAUUCGCAGCUUGAAAUAACAUGAGUUUUAUCGAAUAAAACGAAUAUGGACUGAACAAA